AUGUGGAAUGAUUCGCUAUCUCCAAAUGACAUUGUCCUGAUAGAAGGGGGUUGUGGGCCUCGGGCGAAUUGUAAUUGUAGUAUUGGUAUUCCAAAAGCAUUAAUGUCUUGUAUGAGGUGUACGACAAACCUGUUGCUUUUGGUUGCACUUGUUGACGGUCGAGUCUUACUGGAUCGUAUCCUUUGUGCGGACUAG